UUUGCAUAAAAUCUUGAACCUGCCUCUCUCCAAUAUUUAAGCGUUCUGUGCGUAACUAACAGCUUAAACCUUGGUCAUUGCUUCAAGCAUCGAAAAAGGGAUUAAAAUCCUCUAACAACGUUGACUAGCAAUUCAGAACGUUGCCUUUCACCUUUCUGUUGACGGCAGUAAGAAGCAAGGAUGGUUUCGAAUCCGUGUGACGGAGAGAGAAAGAGGAGCAACGGCCACCAGAGGUAUCGGUCAUACUAUAUAAAGAUUAGCGGUUAAUUUAAAUACGUCAAAUUUCAAUUUUAAACCCAAGAGAAUCUAAUUUCGUAAAUCCAGUGUUAAUCGUUAAUUUGUACGACUGUAUUUUAUCUGUCAACGAUUAAUCUGUCAACACUUGUUACGUAAUGGAGGCGAGUGUUAUUGUGAAAUGACAUUUCCCUGAGAAUCGAGUUUCGCAAGUUUUUGCACUUUCUCUUCAGGUAAAGAAUUUUUCUAUAGAUUCGCUGACUGGUUAAAAUGCCAAAAUGAACUACAUAUUCUCGAAUAUACUUAAAAAGUUGAGUGUUUGACAACCUAAAAAUCCCCCGCACAGCACUUCGUGAUGCACUUGGGUUAGCUACUUCCUCUCAUGAAAGGUGAGUUUUUCGUGGCAAUUUCCCCUCGAAAUCGCGAGGCCGUGAUCGAAUUUGGUAAAUCUGAUAAAAACUCACUGCACUACUCUAACUCUGGAGGAAAUUACGCAGCGUUACGUAACAUGAACUAUGUGCUUCGCUGAAUCCUCUUGCGUGUUUCAGGCUUCGGAACUCACUAAGCGACAUUCAAAUAACCAAUUUGUGACAUUUGUGCUACUUGUCCUAGCAGCAAAAGACAUUCAUGAGUUUCACACAAAUUCCAACAAAUUCAUAAGUAUACAUUUGAAGCGAUCUGGCGCUGCGAUGUGUGUUUCUGCUCUGAUAUUAAGCUUUUGAAUAAAACAGAUUUAUCUAUUCAGGCUGCCCUAAAGCGCAAAGUCUUGUUCUGUUGAAGAGCACAUGCGAAAACAAAAGUUAAACUUAUAGCGUAUUUAUAUCGGUCUGGUGACACGCGAACAGAAAACAUUUUGUUGAUUCCAAGUUGUUCAGGAACGAAUUGUUAGCGAUUCGAGUGCUUAAAAUGCGAUAAACAAAACUUUAAAUAAAAAUGACUCGGAAGAAAGUUUUGUAAACAAAAUAUUAGGCCACCGCUUUGAUGAUGCUCGAAUCUUAAGGGAAAACGGGCUGUCACCUAAAGUUACUUUUUGCAUGGAUGUACUGUAUUGAUAAAGAUGAUUUUUUUUACUUAUAUACCAGCAAGACUGUUGCCUUCCCUUAAAAGCUCUUUAUCUUUUGAGAAUAACCUUCUUAAAGUUGUUUGUGUUAUUGUUACAACAUUUGAACAAGAGCUGCUAUCCUAUUGAUACAUCUUUAUCCAGCGGAUAAGUAUUUGGGGAAACCUUAGUUGCGUUACGCGGUGGAUAGAGCGAUCCACUUUUUGAACGACCACGGCAGCAGGAGUUAGUUACGUAACAGAGAUUUAUAUCGGCUUGCAGAAAUAAGAUAUUUCGCUACAGGAUCCUACAGGCACUGAACUGAAACAUUGAACGGUCACCCGGCUUAAAACAGAGAGCAGCGAAAGGUGUCGAUUGCGGCAGGCGCUUCAGAGUUUACUAAAAACUAAUCAUCCGUGUAUGAAAAUGGUUGUCACGAUACUGACGAUACUGGUUAAAAGAUAUAAACAAAAAACAAUAUGCAUGUUAAAAAUCUCAGCUUUUAGGGUAAAUCUUUAGCCUUCAUCAGAAGAAAUUUGUAAAGAACAUUUUUACAAGAAGUACGAAAUAUAGAGAAAAAUGCAAAUUGUGAGCAAUUUAAAUUUAAUUUGUCAUUUAGCGUAGAAUUUUAAAAUCCUCCGUCAUGCGGCAAGUGAAUGCCAUCGUCUUGAUUGAGUGGAAUAUUACAAAUAAAUGUCCCUGUCUCAUUAUAGUGUCUGUUACGCAAUUUGCACCUGUGCGUAAGAUAGUGGAAGAUUCCUGAAGUCGGAUGGCUGAAAAGUUCGCGAUUGUUUAGGAUCUACUGCUUUCUGGUGUUCUUUCAGUAUGGUAGCAAAUUUGCGUACCGUUUCAGCAUCAUUGCAGCUCUUGUCGCAACCUUGUCUCGGAAAGCCAUGAGUAUACUUUUUUUUUCUGUAACAGGGACUGACUUAAUUGGGGAGAAUUAAUCUCCAUCAUUUCCAUCGUUGUGCGAAAGAUGUCCUGCUACUUACCAGGAUUUUUACAUCAUUAAGUGGAUCGGACUGCGUUCGCGAACAUGUCGUUGUAUUUCUGUUGUUGAAUUAUUCAGUUGCGUGCAUAACUUACAACUUUUGCUCAAAGGCUUGUUGCAAUGAUGAGUCACUACCAACCGUAUUCUGACGAUGGCAUUUCGAAUGCCUAUAUAAGACUAUAUUACCUAACGGAGUAAAUUCUAGAUGUGUUGCUUUCACACAUCUACAACAGAUCUAGAAAGCUACUUUUCUAUUCUAACAUGUCCUGCAAGUGGAUUUGUUCUAAAAGGAGGUUAAAACAUCUCUAUGAAUAUCAUUUGCUCACUGACCUACACACAGACCGAGAGAGAAAUAGAGACUCGGUGCAUAGUAGAUCGGGGCGGAAAAGAAUCUUGGUGAAAGGGCAACCAUGUUAUACGGAUAUAAAUUAAUAAACUCAUUUCAAAUUACUUCUAUAAACCUUUUUUGGGGCAUUUACAACCAAAUGUACUAAAUAAAUUUCAUUGAGCCAAGUUUUAGAGCUGAUUUGUCCGUGGGAUCAUCAGUCAAAGGCUCUUCUUAAAUUUCGUAUCUUGCAAAUUCUUGCCUGAAAUGGUCAUGAUUCCCUAGAGGCAUGCGGUCUGUAUGCUCACAAAAAAGUAUCAGAAAUGUUCAAUACGGUAACUCAGUAACUAGAACUGCUGGCUGCUAUAGCCUAUUUGAUUCGACAAUACAAGGAGGGAUAUGCACGUACACUUGUUUGGUAUAAAACAUUUCCAAGUGGUUUAUUUAAUUGUACUUUUCUUUUCCUCUCAGUUAUUGCUGUUCAUCCAAUCUCAGUCCAUGUUUCUGGUGGUCAAGGUUCUGCUCUUGGUAUACGAGUGUUUUGGAGCGCUUCUUUGGUUGGUUCGCCGAUAGAAUCACGAGGCAUCCGUUAAUCGUCAUUUCCAUAUGUCUUGCCUUUGUCAGCGUAUGUGCUGUGGGUUUUGUCUGGUUCCAGUCAGAGAACAGAACGGUCAAACUCUUUAUUCCCCAACAGAGCCGGGCCAUUGACGACUUGAACACCGCCGAGAAAUACUUUAGAGUGAAAGUUCGUCAAGAAAUUAUUCUGUUAGUGGCAUCAUCUGAUCAUCCCAAUGUUCUAGCUCCCGAUUGUCUGCGGCAGGCCUUCAAGGCGCAUCGCGCGAUUGGGGAUUACUCUGAUUUCUGUGUCACCUUCUCAGGAGAGAAAGCAAGUACGGAGGACGACUGCAUGAUCAUUAACCCGCUGGAAUUUUUACAGUUAAAUGAAAGUAGCCUAGAUGGUAAAACCUUGGAGCAGGUUCAAGAAGACAUAACUACAGCAUAUAAGAGCUCAAGCCGCUUGAUGCGGAAUGGCCGUACUUUCUUUUACAACUUCAAACGCACUUUUGGCGGCGUCAAUUGGAAAGAUGGAAAUAUCACAGGCGCCAAAGCAUUGCAAAUGGUGUAUCUGAUGAAUGACCCCACUGAUGACAAGGAAAACAACAAAGUUCUGGAGUGGGAAAAGAAGUUCAUAAACAAGAUAAAUUCGUUAGUGGGUACUCUUUCCUGUUUUGAAGUCCAUUACUCAAGUGAGAGAAGCUUAGACGACGCAAUUGCCGAAAGCAGUGGCUCUGACGUCAGUUUGGUAGCAAUCACAUUUACUAUCAUGAUUACCUUUGCCUGCGUCGUACUAGGCAAGUACCUCAAUCCGCUGACCGGUCACUCGUUGCUCGCCAACGCAGGAGUGUUUGCUGUGGCCCUUGGAAUACUAUCUGGAUUUGGCCUUGCCAUGUGGUGUCGAGUUCCCUUCGUCAGUAUCGUAGGCGUGUUACCGUUCUUAGUUAUUGGAAUUGGAAUCGAUGAUAUGUUAAUCUUAGUUGAUGAGCUUGAUCGACAGCCACGGGACAUGUCAAUAACAGAAAAGAUUAAAGCUGUGAUGUCUCAUUCAGGAGCCACGGUUACCAUGACAACUAUGACUGACUUGGUAGCCUUUGCAGUUAGUACUUCCACUUCAUUUCCAGCAGUAAGGUACGUAGAAUUUUUAUGAUGAUCUAUUUAUUAAAGGCACGGCCAAACGGUUGGACGAAUCGGAUGCUACAUGUUAGAUGCAGCAUUUGGACUAAAUGGAAGUGUGGGACUGUUGUUUAAGAAGCAAAUUGAAGUCAGUUAUUACGAUUCUAAAUUCAAAAGAGCUAUUUGUGCUGGGGCAUUCCAACGAGAUCAAAAGCCUUCCUCAUCUUCUUAGCGAUAACGUUCCUUCACCUUUGGGCACAUGCUAGCGCUGAACAAAUUUUCGCAAAGAAAUCUGUUUAUAGAGUGUGGCUACAUUGCUAUCAUAACCUUUUUCAUUUUCUCUUGUCUUUUUUGUCAAUUUUGCAUCUAAGAAAAUAAAACGUUAUCUACAUGGUUCAAUGUAACCGUUGAAAUUUACAAUAUGUAGGUGAAACUAAGCGACGCCUCAAGGACAGAUUUAACGAACACAGACGUCCAGUCGACAAAACUAACAUUAAAUCUAAACCCACUACUGUUUCUGAACACUUUCUCUCUCACUCUGACCACUCUCACACUGACAGGCAGUUAAUCCCAGUAAAGAAAAUUCAUUCUUUACGUGACUCAGUCCGUAAGGUGAGGGAGUCACAUUUGAUAGAUAAGGCUAUGAUUCUUGAACCUAAUGGCUUAAACCGCCGUGAAGAAUUAUUGUAAUCCAUAUCCCUAUUAGUUUUCUUUUCUUUUUUAUGUUGAACGUCAUUUCCGCGUCUCCCUAUUAAACAAUUUUUUUGCGACAUUCUCCGUCUAUAUAAUGUUGUAAUUCCUAUCAUAAAUUCAGUAAUAUCUGUAAACCUAAAGAAGGCUGGUAUAGCCGAAAUACUGUUAUGAAUAAACAAUAUAGGUUUUUUUUAAAGUAUAAGCUUUGCAGUAGUCUUUGGAUGUCUCGUUUUUUGUUCUUAAUAUUUUAUCUGAUUUGAUCUCUUUUCCUGAGAUCCAACGUUGACAACUGGCAGGAUCUUUCGUCCACGGUUUUUGUAGUUAAUUUCCUUAUCGUCUAAGAAAAUAGUCGUUAAGGAAAAUCUGUGCAUCGUCCAUGUAUACACUGAUGAAAGAUUUCUUUGUUGAUUCUUGUCUUUUUAGGAACUUCUUAACAAGAUUAAGUCUCCUCAUCCUCUAGCUGUCCGCGUUUAGCUUCUGAAACCCUCUUGAAACGUGUUGCAGCCAUAUCUUAUGCAAAUUUUGCUAAAACAUUUAUUCGCUAGAUAGCACUACCAGUCUUUCAAACAACCCAGACUUAGGAUAGAACACAUCGGGAGUUUCGUAAGUUCGGUGCAGACCACAUCAGUGUGCAAUCGAUAUCAAAAGCCUUUAGGGGAAUCAAAAGUUAAGGCCCUGCCAUAUUUUACCGUCCCACCCGCCAAUUCUUACUACACAUGCUGGCUUUUUGGUGAGAUCAUAGUUGAACUCAUUUUCUAAGGGGUGCCCAAGCGCGUUUGACGUAAGGUAUGAACCAGAGCGCCUUGAAGAGCAUAAGCGCCUAGCCUGAGCGCACGUUUUAGCAUUGUUUCUCUGUCUACGUGGUUUUAAGAGCAUCUAUUUUUUCCCAUUCAGGUACUUCUGUAUCUACGCGGCUUUGACAGUGACCUUCUCCUUUAUAAUGAUCAUCACAUAUUUUGUGGCCAUCAUGACAUACGACUUAAAGAGAAUACAAUCAGGUCGUAGAGACUGCUUACCAUUCUGCAAAGCGCCUCCGCCUAAGGAGGGGCGGCCAGCCUGGGACGAGCCUAGCCCACAAUUAUCAAAUCGCGCUAUGGAGGUCUGGGGCAGGUUUCUUACAUAUCCGGCUACAAAGGUGGUCGUUAUCGUUCUAUCUCUGGGGUUACUUGGUGCUGGAAUAUACGGAGUUACUAAAGUAGAUGAAACAUUCGACAGAAGAAUCCUGGCAAAGGAUGAUUCGUACUUGAAACGAUUUUUGUCUGCUGAAAAAGAGCAUUUUGAACUGUCCAUAGACGUUAGCAUUGUAGAAACUGGAAAGAUUGAUUACGAGAAACCCUCUACACAGGAAGCCAUCAGAAACCUAACAUACAUUGUCAGUAGCAACAAAUACUACAUUAACCGUUCUCUGUCGUGGAUGGACAGUUAUUUAACUUUUGCUAAAAUGUCCAACAUCAGCACUAUAGGUCCAUCGUUUUUGCCUGGUUUAAAGACCUUUCUCAGUCAGCCAGAGUUUUCAUUUUUCCGUCAAGAUCUGAAGUUUUCCAGCAACGGUUCUAAACUAGAAGCGUCGCGCAUUCUCUGUUUCAUGAAAAGUAACGGCGAGUCUACAUUCCAAAAAAGUGCUAUGCAAACAAUUCGCGACGAUCUCGAAACCAAGUCCGAACUCGGAGUCUUUCCCAUUACACGGUCCUUUAUUUUCUUUGAACAGUAUGCGAUAACAUCACGAGAAACUAUACGGAACCUUAUAAUCGCUGCUUUAACAGUCUUUGUCAUUACCAGUCCCUUCUUAGUAGAUUGCACAGUGGCAAUCCUCGUGCUGUUCAACUUUGCCGCCCUGAUAUGCGAACUGUUUGGUUUAAUGGUUAUUUGGGAUGUGUCCCUCAACGUCGUGUCUAUGAUAAAUCUUGUUAUGGCUAUUGGCUUUGCAGUUGACUACAGUGCACACGUUGCACAUGCGUACGUGAUGUCCAACAAGUUAUCAGCAAAUGACCGAGUUGUAGAUGCUCUGAGUACUGUGGGCGCGAGUGUACUCAUGGGAGGUAAGUCAAAAUUCUGAACAUAUAUGGCUCUUGAUACACGGCUUUGUCCGUUCAUGGGUCCAAUCGUUAUGCCAUGCUGGUGAGCCUGUGUAAAGCCGAUCCCCCCUCCCCUCAAACAAAAUUUAUCAAAUUCCUUCUUCCCGAUUUCUUUUGGGGCAGGGGGUAGCUGUACACAGGAUAUAAAUGCUGAUGAGUCCAAAUAAAGGCGAAACAGCUGUAGAUAGCUGCCACUGUUCGUCCGAGUGAUAAAGCUGUCUAAACGUUUAGAUCCCAAGCCAAAUUUAGAAGGAUUUGUAUGGAAUCAACAAAGCAUAACUGGGCUAAUAUCUCAGAGGCAAUUUGCCCCACAAGGCUAAUUUUUGGCGAGUAGGCGUCUUGGACGUUGUUCUUUCAGUAUAUCUUGACAAAUCCCAUAAUUUCACAAAUUCAAUUUUUAUGACGUCUCACUUCAAUACUCUAUUUGGGAUUCUUAAGUUCAAUUUGAACUGUUUCAGGCAUUUGCUCGGCCCCAGUAACAUUAGUGCUAUAAAUACUGCCGAAGAUAAAUAACAGAAUUAUUUAUUUAUAUUUAGUUUACUUCCAGCCCAGGUUUUCAAAGAACUCUGGGAAGUUUGACAAUUUGAAUAAUGUACUUUUAUAAAGCUUUUGCACUAGUUUUCAAUAACUUCAGUAACUUCCACAAUUUUAAUUCCGUCUGAGCACGGUCUUCUGAGUGUGGAUUGAUCAUAGUUUCAUCCAUAAUUUUAACCUGGAAUUGCUUUAUUUCGGUUUUUGGGGGGUCAGAUUUACCAAGCACUCUCAAGUCAAGAUUUCUUAACAAAAGGCUGUUACUUUGAAACAAUACUUCGGCCUCAGCGGCUACCACCCAGCAUAUUCAGAGGCAAUAUACCAGACUUGACAAACAAAGGAAUGGCAUGAGCUCUGCUGUCGAAAAAUUACAGCAACCGAAGAGCUCGUUUUUGCAAAAUUAAAAUUUCGUUCAGAUUUGAAUUGGCAGCUAGUCCCCAUGCAGUUAGUCCAUAGGAAAAGUACGGUUCGAUUAAGGAACGAUAAAGCUUUACGAGAGUUACUGGUAGGCAGAAAAUUCCUAAGCCUGGACAUGAUGCCUACCCCUUUGCUUAUUUUUGACGAAAUAUAGUCUGUGGUACUUCAAAGAAUGGUGACUAUCAAUCGAAACACCGAGGUAUUUCACAUAAUGUUCUUGUUUAAGAUAAGCCAAUAUCUUCAAGUCAUUAACGUUAUCAGGCUUGCGUUGAAAGGGAUGAAAAAUGACAAAAGUAGAGUUGCUUGUGUUUAGUGAUAAUUUGUUUGUCUUUAGCCAUUUACAGACUUCAAUUAGUUAUUCAAUGAUAACAGUUUUAAGCGCUUUCAAAUUUUUGUUUGCGCAUAAUAUAUUUGUAUUGUAUCAUCAGCAAAUAAAUAGAGGUUUAUUUUAGGCGAAAUACGGUAAAUGUCAUUAAUAUAGAUUAAGAAAAGCAGCCGUUACGGCCCUAGGACCAGACGCACCCAACGUCAAUUUUCGGAAAAUAUCUGUUCGGAAGAUAAUUUGAGAUCUAGAAUUUAUCGGAACAUUUUUUGUAAUAUUAAAAUUUCUUGCUUGCCUGCCUCUCCUAGGGUUUUCGAACAUCUAAAAAAUGGUAUAAUUGCUCUUUUUUAACGGAUUUUUACCCUAAAAAGAUCACCUAGAAUUUUCGGCUUCCUUUUAUCUGGCUGAAAUUUUCGAAAAGAUAAAUUUUGAUCACUAUAAUUUUCGGAUCACUAGACUUUCAGCUAGGAAAUCCGAACAGAUGAAAAAUUUUUAGGAGAUAUAAUAUGCGUAUAUCUACCUUUCAAUACUAAAUAGGUUUGACAGUGCUCUGUUUAAGUGGUUGUGGACUUAUAUUCUCUUUUGGUGCCCCUAUAGGACGGACCCUUGAUAUUUUUUCUUUGCUAGAAAUGGUAGCUCCAAUUUUAGUACUCUGGGUCCUGUCAGUUAAAUACGAAGCGCGACACAGUUAUUGAAAAUUCCACGUAUUCCGUAUACCGUAUUAUUCUUCACAUUACACUCAGCCUCAUCCGAUAAAGGAAAUUUCGCACGAUAAGAAAUUCCGGGAAGGAAGCCCUAGUAUUGUUUAAUAAUUACCCCAGUGAGUAGAUUUUUUUAGGUCUUAUUUAAUUUUGAUGAGGCCCGAAUUUCUUCUUUUUUCCCUCCGGCCAGGUUUCAGUACCUUCCUUGGAAUGAUCGUGCUUGCUUUCGCUGCAUCCGAGAUAUUCCGAAUCUUCUUCCGAAUGUUCCUUGGAAUCGUCGGGUUUGGCCUUCUUCAUGGUCUGUGCAUUCUGCCAGUUUACAUGUCCUUGCUGUGUUGGAGGCCUGCAGUUAACACAUCCCCCUCGGUCAGAGUUAGCGCGGAGAAUCUUAGCAAAACCCAGAAAGACAAAAGUAGCCAGGAGUUGCAUGUGGCGGACAUAGGAAGUGAAAACAGAAGUUUUGCAGGUGAUUACUGUUCUUUGAAGGAAAAGCAUAGUGAUGAUUCACAGCAAAGAAACAUCGUCGGAAUUUCUAACAAGGGCAUGAUAUCAGAUGAGGAGAAAUUGGAGAUAUCGACAGAAGAAGGUGACGAUGCGGACAACAAAACCGAUGAGGCCACUCAGGAAACCAACAAAAAUGAAGAAGAGCAUUUAGCAACAGCAACAGAAAAUUCCUCGAAUGAAUGUGACACUAAAACUACCACAACAAAGUUAUAAUUUACUACCCCUACGGUAGUUUAAUUCGUAUUUUAAGUAUUGAGCAUUUUAUACUACUACAUGGGAAAUUUCUGCAAUUUCUGGUAUUUCAGCUUAAUUUGAAACACCUGUACAUGUGAAAAUUACAAACCUUUUGCGGGUAGUACUUUAAACCAAUAAUAACAUAAUUUGUACGUGAUAUUUGGCAUAAAUACCACUCGUGAUAUUUCAAAAGUUUCUCAAAUUUCACUCACCUAACGGCUCGUAAAAUUACGUAUGACAAUUUCGAAAUGUCACUGCAAAUCAUUCUAUUACCUAUACUAAUCCGCGUUAAAAUUUACAUUACACUGGACGGCCUAAUGAACCUUCCCAGCCACAGUUCGUUGCGCAAACUGAGGUUAAAAGGAGCCUCUUUUGUGAUACAUGCAAUUUUAAUGCUUUGUAGUACACGAGCCUAAAAUAUAUUGUAAAUAUUUGCGACGUUUUCGCAUGCCAGAGAAUAAUAAGUAUCUAUAAUCAAAUGGUUGCGAGUUUUAUCAAACUUUUGAUAAUUGACGAACCGCUAUAAAAUCCACUUACAUUCUUGAAAACUCACUUGUCAGACGUGUUCAAUAUAUACGACGGCAACUUAAAUGAUGUAAACAUUUUAGCUACCAAACGUUUCGGACGUUCAGAAAACUCAAAUUUUAACAGGCAAGCAUGCCCCCGGACCCCACUACUUUAUUAUGUACCCAAAAGCAAUUCUACCCCAGCAAUUGUGGUCUCAUUGCAAAGUACAGCUGGAACUUAAAUCUCCAGGAGGGCGGCAAGGCGGGGCCAAUUUUUAUUAAAGUGGUAGGGCAAAAAACUCUGACCCUACUAAGUAAAACUAACAGGCAGUAGGUGUUUUUGUUCUGCCACUUGUCAUGCACUUAUCAUACAUAUGCGCGCUUCAAUAAAAACAAAAUGGUCGACCCCACUUGGUAAUAUCAUUCAAUGCAGUAAAUAUGUUAAUACUUAACCUAAAUUUGCUGCUUUUUGAAACUGCCAAAGUUUCUCUCGCGGUUCUUGUUAUUAAAAACGGACUCCUUUACGAC